AUGAGUAGCAGUAAGCCCUAUCACUGUCAGCGCUGCCCUCGGGCCUUCGCCCGCCUCGAACAUCUGCAGCGCCAUGAUCGGUCGCAUACGAAGGAGAAACCAUACGUCUGUGUUCAGUGUCCCAAGGCUUUCACUCGCAAGUGCGUGAUCAAUCUCUUCCCCCUGCCCUUCUUUCUGGACCCGAAAUCUUUUGGUCCCCCGCAUCUUGUCGAUCUCUUGGCCCGUCAUGAAAGGCUUUCUCACGCGCCCGAGGGGAGCAGUACUGCAGGCGACAUGACGCAGACUCCUCCAUCAGCUCAUCCGAACCUGGAUGGUCUAGAUACGUUGGCAUCGGUGGUCACCGACCAUGCGCAGAUGAGUCGCAGCAUGCUCUCGAAUAGCAGCCCGCAUUUCCCCGGUGGACCCUCUACGCAUCCGACGCCGAUGGCUGGCGUGCGAUUGGCAAAUCCCGAAACCCCGUCGGCAGCGCCUCCUACGCCUCUGCCGGGGCCGGAUUUUGGGUACGCCUUUGGGGGCUUUACAGGACCCUACGAAGGCAACGACUUUACCUCGUUCCUGGACAGUGUCCCCCUGCCAAGUCACCCCUUUUCGCCUGCUUUCCAGCCGUUGCCUCUGUUCCCAUCCUUGGCGUACUCGCCUGUGACGGAUUUUGAUCAGUCGUCGGAUAGAGGUCAAACGUCUGAAACGACGUCCACCCCUUCGAGCUCGGUGCUCCCACGCCAUGGAGCUCAAUUACCCUCGCUUCAACCAGAGGGCUAUCAAACCACUCCAAAGGCCCGUCAGCCUACUGGGUUUGUGCCGGUCACGGCCCAAUGUCGAGACAGAACCCUCGAAUCCUUGAAAGAAUAUGCCGGCGUGGUCCCUGAUCCGUCUCUGCCAUCUCGACAUGCGCUAUCGCGCUGCUUAACUGGAUACCUGAUGGGAUUUCACGAUCACUACCCCAUCGUCCACAAGCCCACGUUGAACGUCGAUACCAUGUCCCUGCCACUUUUCUUGUCCAUGGCCGCCUUGGGGGCUCGGUACUCGCGGGAGCCCGACACGAGCAUGCGUCUCUAUCAGAUUGCCAAACCCGUCACCCUCGAACGGUUCCGGCGGGUGUUCCUCUCCGGUACCAUGCCCACGGUGAAUGUGGCCAAUGAUCAGGCAACGCUCGAGCUAUUGCAGGCCCUCCUGUUGCUUAUCUCGGUCUCUUCCUGGUUCAUCAACAAUCCACCCUAUCACGAGUCCCUGGCGAUCAGAAGUUAUAUGGCUACCCUUCUUCGAAAGGAUGGGAUCAAUCGUCUCCCCGAAUUUGACGGAACCUGGACGAGCUGGGUCCGUCGCGAGUGUGUCAAACGAACCAAACUAAUCGUUUGCUGUUUCUUCAAUAUCCACACCAUUGUGUUCGACAUUCCUCCGGUCAUCCUCACGGAGGAACUCUCCCUGGACCUCCCUGCACGGAAAAGGAGUGGCAGGCACAGAGGGCUGACCUCUGGCAAGCGGCUCGUACACAGAGUUCCGGACAUUUGGUUGAUGACCAAAGCCGGUCGUCUGAGCCACGCUCGCGGCUACCGUCAGACCCUGUCCACCGUACCAACCCCGGAAAUCAUCUCCAUGGAACAGGCGUUGGAGCGGUGGUGUCAGUGCUGGGAACGUAACCAGGAGUCAUCUAUUGAUCCCUUGAGCCCCCACGGCCCCGUGUCUUUUACCUCCGCCGCUCUCGUUCGCCUGGCGUACAUUCGCCUGAACGCAGAUUGUGGAUCGGCCCGGCAACUCCAGACCUGGGACCCGGUGCAGAUCGCAACCAGUCUCAAGGACAAUCUGCGGGUUCAACGAGGGGAUCGACUCACGCGGGCGGCCUUGCAUUGCGCCCACGCCCUCUCCACCCCAGUCAAACUAGGCAUCGGUUUCGUCGCCCACUCCCAGGUUGCCCUCUGGUCCAACCAGCAUGCUCUCUGCUCACUCGAAUGUGCCGUCCUGCUUGCUAAAUGGCUCGAGGCAGUGACGGUGCCCGAGCCCAGUCCGAGUCUGACCGAGCAGGAAAUUCGUUUGCGGGACUUUGUCCUGGAGAUGGUGAUGGAAGUGCAGCAUGGGAUUCCGCGAGAAUGGUUGUUGGCCAACAACACUCGCCUCAGUGCGGCCGUGACCCGUCUCUGGGCGCGUCUUUUCACAGCGGACUAUAUCUGGGAAAUGGUCAGCUUGAUCGGCCGGAGUUUGAACAGUUAUGCCGAUCUGUUGGAUCAGCAGGGUUGA